AUGUUGGAUCCGAAAUUCAAGAACUUACCAUUUCUCGCAAGAGACGAGAAAGAUGUGUACGAAACCGAUGAUAUAGCAUCGAAUGAGCCUGAAUAUUACGAAGAAGAGCUUGAAAACGACUCAAUCGAUCGAUCAAAGUUAAAUCCAACUGAUGCUUUUUCCCAUUUUAAACAAAAGUAUUUAAUUGGAAAUGUCGAUUUUUCUGAUGAUAUAUCAAAGAAACGAAACAUUGGAUAUAAUGCUAUUUCAAACAUUUAUGAAAUUGUUGGUGAUGGCGAAAAAGAAUCGCCAUUUCAGAAGUGCCAGAGAUUGCAAUGCGAAAUGAAUGAAUUAAUGGAAGAGAUUACAACACUUGAAAAUGAUAAAACAGUAUCGAAGGAGGAACAAGAAGCAUACUUUAGAAUGUCUAAAGUUGUUCAAAAUUCCAAAAAAAUUCUCGACAGUUUACAUUUGGAAGAAGCUCUUGGUGACCAGAAUGGUCAAUCUACGGAAAAGGCUGUUAGAAACUUAUUAUCUAAUGUGGAAAGUUACAAGAAAGGAGCUCCAGAAACAGCAGCUGAAUUGAUUAAAAUAAAAAAUCAUAAUGAUAUUGCACUUACAACGAGAAUCGCUGAAAUAGAGCACAAAUUGCACAGAAUUGAACAAACUGUUGGAAUGAAAUCAGAAAAGUUAUCUCGUCUUAACAGUUCUUUGGAUACUAAGAAUCUCUUAGAAGCUGUUCAACAGCUUUCAACGAAGUCUGCUUUAUUACAACCAAAUCAAUUGGAUGUUAUCGAACAACGUCUGACAAGUUUAUCAUCAAAAAUGGACCAAUUUAAAGAAAAGUCAAAUGCUGCCAACACUGAUCGUGAUCGAGAGCAAAAGAUAUCCGAAUUGUAUGAGUUUGCCAAAUCUACUGAACCAAUUGCGAAAAUACUUCCUGAUAUGCUUGAACGAAUGAAAACUUUAGAAGCUCUACAUUCAUAUGCUGCCAAUUUCAGCAAGUUAUUUGCCGAGCUUGAAGCUACUCAAAAUAUCAUAUUGAAGGGAAUAUCAAGCAACAAGGAACUUUUACAAAGCGUUCAAAAAGCUUUUGUAGAAAAUGACGAGAAUAUUAAGAAGGAAUUUAAAAAGCUUGAUGAUAGAGUCGUAGGGCUUACUGGCAAAAAAUAAAAUAUUCCAUUAAAUUAUUUGAAAAAUUAUUAUUAAUCAAGCUUAAUUAA